AUGGAUAUUCCAGUUAUUGUUGAUGCCCAUUAUUGCUCGCCCUCGGAGGUGAAACUCACAUUUGCCAAGAAGGUAUUGGAAUGCAACAAUGGUAACUAUGUCAUCACUGAUUCCGAGAGCCAGACCCUUUUCAAGCUGGAUCAGAAGAAGGUCUUCCUACGGGAACUGACGGUUUUGCGCGAUGAUGGUGACUCUCCUGAGAAAAUCUCUCUGUACGACACGUACCAAGUUUACAAAGGAGAGAGUUGGGAAGAACUCUUCACUGUUUGGGACAAAAACAUGAGGGACGCCGCAGAAUUGACAUACGAGAUUCAACUCGAGUCUGAAUCAGAACCUACCUUCCAAGUGAAGGGUGACUUUGUUCGUCGCAACUAUUAA